AUGUCUACUUCUAACUCCACCAGCUUCCCUAUCACCACCUACUCAAUACCCGGCGACGCCAACUUGCUAGCCAACAAACGAGUGUCUUUCGCCCGUGGGCAACGACACAACCAAGCCGACAUCACUAAUGCCAUAGAGCUAAUACUCAAUACAUUUGUUGGAAAGCGAGCAUUUGCAGCUCAACAGUCAGGACUCGAGUAUCUGUCGGGCACUCCGGAUGGAAAAGUUAGUUUUGGAGUCUUUGGAAUGACGCUUGAGGAUGAGCUCCUUGAAUGGGCAGAUAGACUCGGCAAAGGAAUAUUUGGAAUCAGGCGGGAGGACAUUGCUAAACGAAGCUUGCACACGGAUAGAGCGAGACGGUUAUACGAGUACUCCUCCACCCGGUUUGUCCCUCCGGUCCCCGUCGCACCCAGAUCAGACCAGUGUUACCCCGGAGCGCACUUACCACAUCGUCACCCGUUGACCUCCACCCAUCCCGUCGGAGGAAAAAUAUAUUCCCACCGUCCCAACCAGCCCAAUCUCACAAGGGUCGAACCACUUCAGUCCCCGUUCCAUUGGGUCGAACCCAAAACCACCAUCUCCCCCAUCAUCUCCACCUCGACCAGUGCCAAACACCCAAACCCGUCGCCUGACGAACCAACGAGGAGCCUGACGCGGCCGGCAAGAGGUGAUACUCCAGAUCCCCGCCGCCAAAACUCCAUCGAAGCGGCAGUCUCGUAUGUCGAAGGGAAAGAAAGACAGUCCGCCUGGCGCAAUGCACAGGCCUGA